AUGGCUAAUGCUCACAUAUUUAUGCCCCCCUUCAGAGUGAAGAAAGCUAAGACACCAGCAAAGGACAAGACUGAGAUCAGUCUUGGACAGAGAAAGAUAAGCAUUUAUACAAAACUGAAACCUCCAGAUGACGACAACUUGCUCUACUGUGUAGAAUGCAACAAGGAGUUUGAAGGGGACUGCCCUCUCCAUGGACUCUACAACUACAUACAGGACAAAGAGGUGGAGCUUUGUUUAUCUGUAACGCACACUCUUAAUGUGGUGCCAGAAGAGGACCCCUAUAGGUCUGACCAUACCCUGCCUGAAGACCUUGAAAUUAAAACCUCAACAAUAGUUGGAGCUGGUCUUGGAGUAUUUCCAAAAGUGGGACUGAAGUCCAGGAUCAUGUUUGGACCGUAUGAGGGCGAUAUCAUCACUGAUAACCAGAAGUCAGGAUAUCGCUGGCAGAUCUAUAAGGAAGGCAAAGCAAGCCAAUUUGUGGAUGCUCAAGACAAGGCCACGUCUAACUGGAUGAGAUAUGUGAACUGUGCAAUGACGGAGGCAGAUCAGAACCUUGUAGCAUUCCAGUACAAAGGAGGCAUCUAUUACUGCACAUUCAAGCCAGUUCCAUCAGGGGAGGAACUGCUAGUUUGGUAUGGAGAUGAACGCGCUAGAGAACUUGGCCUUGCAUGUAGCCAGAGGGGUACCUUGAAAAGACACAUGAGGAUACAUACAGGAGACAGACUGUACAAGUGUGAGAUAUGCGGUUAUGGAUGCAAGCAAAAGGGUAAUUUGAAGACACACAUGGUGAUACAUACAGGAGAAAAACUGUACAAGUGUGAGAGGGGUAACUUGAAGACACACGUGCGGAUACAUACAACAGAGAAACAAUACAAGUGUGGAAUGUGUGGUUUUGAAUGUUACCAUAAGGGUAACUUGAAGAAACACAUGAAAAUACAUGGAGAAAAACUGUACAAGUGUGAGGUUAACUUGAAGAAACACAUGGUAGUACAUACAGGAGAAAAACUGUACAGGUGUGAUGUGUGUGGUUAUGCAUAUAACCAGAAGAGUAACUUGAAGAAAUACAUGGUGGUACAUACAGGAGAAAAACUGAACAGGUGUGAGGUGUGUGGACAUUCAUUUACCCUGAGUAGUACCUUGAAGACACACAUGCGAAUACAUACAGGGGAUAAACUGUAUAAGUGUGAGGUGUGUGUGCAUUUAACCAAAAGGGUAGCUUGA